CGGCCGCGGUCCCGAGCGGCUCCGGAGCGGACGCCCGCGCCCAGCCUAGGUCCUGAAGGCAGCUCCUGCUGGGAUGGCGACACCAGCAUUUCUAAGGGUUGUGGGGGGUCCAGCCCCACCAGGGGCACUCUAGCCUCCCACAGCCGACCAUCUGUGCGCCUGCCUCCUGCCCAGCUGAGGGCCACUCGCCAUGGGAGGCUGCUUCUCCAAGCCCAAGCCAGUGGAACUCAAGAUCGAGGUGGUGCUGCCGGAGAAGGAGCGGGGCAAGGAGGAGCUGUCGGCCAGUGGGAAGAGCAGCCCCCGGGCCUACCAGGGCAAUGGCACUGCCCGCCACUUUCACUCAGAGGAGCGCCUGCCCGCCCCUCACCCCUACCCUGGCGCUCAGGACUGUGUGGAGGCUGCCGUCUGUCAUGUCAAGGACCUCGAGAAUGGCCAGAUGCGGGAAGUGGAGCUGGGCUGGGGGAAAGUGUUGCUGGUGAAGGACAAUGGGGAGUUCCAUGCCCUGGGCCACAAGUGUCCACACUAUGGUGCACCCCUGGUGAAAGGUGUACUGUCCCGUGGCCGGGUGCGCUGCCCCUGGCAUGGUGCCUGCUUCAACAUCAGCACUGGGGACCUGGAGGACUUCCCUGGCCUGGACAGUCUGCACAAGUUCCAGGUGAAGAUUGAGAAGGAGAAGGUGUAUGUCCGGGCCAGCAAGCAGGCCUUGCAGCUGCAGCGAAGGACCAAGGUGAUGGCCAAGUGCAUCUCUCCAAGUGCUGGUCACAGCGGCAGCACCAAUGUGCUGAUUGUGGGCGCAGGCGCAGCAGGCUUGGUGUGUGCAGAGACCCUGCGGCAAGAGGGCUUCUCAGAUAGGAUCGUCCUAUGCACACUGGACCGGCACCUCCCCUACGACCGGCCCAAGCUCAGCAAGUCCCUGGACGCCCAGCCUGAGCAGCUGGCCCUGAGGCCCAAGGAGUUUUUCCGAGCCUAUGGCAUCGAGGUGCUCACCGAGGCCCAGGUGGUCACAGUGGAUGUGAGAAACAAGAAGGUCGUGUUCAAGGACGGCUUCAAGCUGGAGUACAGCAAGCUUCUGCUGGCACCAGGGAGCAGCCCUAAGACCCUGAGCUGCAAAGGCAAAGAGGUGGAGAACGUGUUCACCAUCCGGACACCUGAGGAUGCCAAUCGCGUGGUGAGGCUGGCUCGGGGCCGUAACACAGUGGUCGUGGGAGCCGGCUUCCUAGGGAUGGAGGUGGCUGCCUAUCUGACCGAGAAGGCCCACUCAGUGUCCGUGGUGGAGCUGGAGGAGACUCCCUUCAGGAGGUUCCUGGGGGAGCGCGUGGGCCGUGCCCUCAUGAAGAUGUUUGAGAACAACCGGGUCAAGUUCUACAUGCAGACAGAGGUGUCAGAGCUGCGGGCCCAGGAGGGAAAGCUGAAGGAGGUCGUGCUGAAGAGCAGCAAGGUAGUGCGGGCAGACAUCUGUGUGGUGGGCAUUGGUGCGGUACCCUCCACGGGCUUCCUGAGGCAGAGCGGCAUCAGUCUGGAUUCCCGAGGCUUCAUCCCUGUCAACAAGAUGAUGCAGACCAACGUCCCAGGCGUGUUUGCAGCAGGCGACGCUGUCACCUUCCCCUUGGCCUGGAGGAACAAUCGGAAAGUGAACAUCCCACACUGGCAGAUGGCUCAUGCCCAGGGGCGCGUGGCGGCCCAGAACAUGUUGGCGCAGGAGGCAGAGAUCAGCACCGUGCCCUACCUGUGGACAGCCAUGUUCGGCAAAAGCCUGCGCUACGCCGGGUACGGAGAAGGCUUCGACGACGUCAUCAUCCAAGGGGACCUGGAGGAGCUGAAGUUCGUGGCUUUUUACACCAAAGGCGACGAGGUGAUCGCUGUGGCCAGCAUGAACUAUGAUCCUAUCGUGUCCAAGGUGGCUGAGGUGCUGGCCUCGGGCCGUACCAUCCGGAAGCGGGAAGUGGAGCUGUUUCUGCUGCACAGCAAGACUGGCGACAUGUCCUGGCUCACGGGGAAAGGAUCCUGAGCUUGCAUGCAGCAGACUUAAGCAGGCAUGCUGGUGCACCAGGGACAGAGGCCAAGCCCUGGGGACAGGUGCCAACCUCCAAUUUCCCAGGAUCCCCCAGGGCAGAACCUGAGUCCUCCUAGUGCUUGUCAUCAGCUGCCUGGCUCACCUCCAGAGACACCUCUACUGCUUCCAAGCGAUGCUCACCACCCAAGGCCUGGACUGCCACCCACAUUUGGUAGUGGAGGUGGGAAAGGCCCUGCCUCGUCUCCCUCUAUUGGGACUGGUCCCCUGUAGGACCUUGCAACAUAUUAGACAUUAUCUCAAAAUUAAA